GCCCUAACAGCCAUAGCUAUUAUGGGAGUCCAACAUUUGGGUCUAACAUGUCAUAUCCUGGUAGCCCAUUGGCUCAUCAUGCUAUGCAAAAUUCUCUUAUGUCACCUUGUAGCCCUAUGAGACGAGGUGAAGUUAAUAUGCGCUAUCCCUCUGCAACAAGAAACUACUCUGGAGGGGUUAUGGGUUCUUGGCACAUGGAUGCUAGUUUGGAUGAAGGCUUUGGAUCUUCAUUGCUUGAAGAGUUUAAAAGUAACAAAACAAGAGGGUUUGAACUUUCUGAAAUAGCUGGACAUGUUGUGGAGUUCAGUGCGGAUCAAUAUGGGAGCCGGUUUAUUCAGCAGAAACUCGAGACAGCAACAACUGAUGAGAAAAACAUGGUUUAUGAGGAGAUCAUGCCACAUGCUCUCGCCCUGAUGACAGAUGUUUUUGGAAACUAUGUGAUUCAGAAGUUCUUUGAGCAUGGACUCCCGCCUCAGAGGAGAGAAUUGGGAGAUAAACUCUUUGAAAAUGUUUUGCCUCUUAGCUUACAGAUGUAUGGUUGUCGUGUUAUCCAGAAGGCAAUUGAAGUGGUUGAUCUAGACCAGAAAAUCAAAAUGGUGAAAGAACUUGAUGGACAUGUGAUGCGAUGUGUACGCGACCAGAAUGGGAACCAUGUGGUUCAAAAGUGCAUCGAAUGUGUGCCUGAAGAAAACAUCGAAUUCAUUAUUUCGACUUUCUUUGGCCAUGUUGUGAGCCUCUCUACUCACCCAUACGGGUGCCGAGUUAUCCAGAGGGUAUUGGAGCACUGCCAUGACCCGGAUACACAGAGUAAGGUUAUGGAAGAGAUCCUGUCCACUGUUAGUAUGCUGGCCCAAGAUCAGUAUGGAAACUAUGUUGUUCAGCAUGUACUGGAGCACGGAAAGCCUGAUGAGCGCACUGUGAUAAUCAAAGAAUUAGCAGGGAAGAUCGUUCAGAUGAGCCAGCAGAAGUUUGCAUCAAACGUUGUUGAGAAAUGUUUGACUUUUGGAGGUCCUGAGGAACGGGAAUUGCUAGUGAAUGAGAUGCUGGGCACAACUGAUGAAAACGAGCCUCUUCAGGCGAUGAUGAAGGAUCAGUUUGCAAACUAUGUAGUGCAGAAAGUUUUGGAGACAUGCGAUGACCAACAGCGUGAGCUGAUACUUACUCGUAUUAAAGUGCAUCUUAAUGCUCUGAAGAAGUACACUUAUGGAAAGCAUGUCGUUGCACGUAUUGAAAAGCUCGUUGCUGCUGGAGAGAGGAGAAUGGCUUUGCAGUCCCUAACCCAGCCUCAGAUGUCGUAAGGCCGCAAGUGUUGUACAGCUUAACUAGGGUGGAUGGCUCUGCCAUUGCGUUUUGAGAAUUAGGUAAGAUCUAAACCGGAAAUAAUCUUGUGGGAAACUUGUGAAGGAGAGAGCUUUGUUUUCUCUGCAAAAAUCUGUAAAAUUGUGUAGUUGCUUAAGGUUUUUCUAUACAUAGAACCAAACACAUCCCUCUUUAGGCUGAUGAGUGAGAGAAAAAGGCAGAGAAUGGUGUAAAGAUGGGUUGAGGAUUUUAGGAUUUCCUUCACACAAAAGAGAAUGGCUGUUUCAUUGCCAAAUGUGUAGAAGUGAGAAUAUGUUCAUGCUUUUAGGACAAUCCCAGUUUUUAGAGUUUCUUUUUUCUCCAUCUAUGUAAUUUGCUUCAUCAAACUCUUGUUUCUUAUUUCACGAGGAAUUCUUUUGUUUCUGGAAUUUGCGAUCUUGUUGUUAAUAUCGAUCAUGUUGUUUGGCAUA